AACACGCCGUGCACCGCAUCGCCCGAUGGACGAUCCCCCGCAGAAAACUUCAUCGGUCGACGCCUCCGCAGCACGCUGGACCUGCUGAAGCCUAGCCAUGCGCCAGAAGCUAGGCCAGACAUUGCCAUGGAGAAGCGAUUAAGCCGACGACACGGCGCCAAGCCAAGGAAGAACACGCCGUGCACCGCAUCGCCCGAUGGACGAUCCCCCGCAGAAAACUUCAUCGGUCGACGCCUCCGCAGCACGCUGGACCUGCUGAAGCCUAGCCAUGCGCCAGAAGCUAGGCCAGACAUCGCCAUGGAGAAGCAGUUCAACCGACGACACGGCGCCAAGCCAAGGAAGUUUGAGCCAGAUGACCUCGUUUACGCUCGCGACUUCCGCUCCGGACAACCCAGAUGGUCUCCUGGACGCAUUCUACUACGACACGGCCGAACGCUCUACGACGUCCUAGUACAAGAAUCCAUCUGGAAGCGCCACGCCAAUCAACUACGCCCACGUGCUUCGCCGGAAGAUGCACGCAACCUAAUGGACGCCUUCGAUAUGCCGUUCAACUCCACACCAGUAUCGCCUUCAAGGACGCUGACGCCACCGUUGUCUCCGAUGGUCACGACUGCACCGUCUACGACGACUACCCCGGCAACGACGACGACAACUACACCCUUGGAGCCUCCGACCACCGCACCCGGACGACGAUCGAGCCGCACUCGACGCCCUCCUGAUUACCUUCAGAUUGACCCGUACGCCAAGUCGUACCAGAGCCGUCAAUCU